AUGCAUAGAUUUUUUAUCACACCGUUCCCUUGUUCACAGGAAGAAAACAUAGCACUUAGAUUAAUAAAGCAGCACGCAGACACAGAAGAACCUGAGAGCAGUCCGAUAUCACUCGAAGAGUAUGGCACAGGCAGUACUGGAAAGUACUUCGAUGAGGCAGGCUAUGUCGCUGGGGGCGCAAAGGACAAUGACCCAUACGUCAGGAACAGAUUUAAUCAGGUGGCUUCCGAUGCGUUGCCUAGCAACCGAGGUGUGCCUGAUACGAGAAAUGCUAUGUGCCGACUGAAAAAAUACGACGAAGAUUUGCCUGAGACGAGCGUUAUCAUUACCUUUCAUAAUGAAGCGCGAUCCACUCUCCUACGAACCAUUGUCAGUGUGUUGAAUCGAAGCCCAGAACAUCUAAUUAAAGAAAUAAUUCUAGUCGACGACUUUAGUGAUAACCCUGAAGACGGUGCUGCACUCAGAGCAAUACGAAAAGUGCAAGUUAUUAGAAACACAAAGAGAGAAGGUCUCAUGAGAUCUCGGGUCCGUGGUGCAGAUGCAGCCACCGCACCGGUCCUCACCUUUUUGGACUCACAUGUGGAGUGCAACGUUCAUUGGCUGGAGCCUCUGCUUAAGAGGAUUAAAGAGGAUCCAACGCGGGUAGUGUGCCCAGUUAUAGACGUGAUCAGCAUGGAUACGUUCCAGUACAUUGGUGCGUCGGCGGACUUACGCGGCGGCUUCGAUUGGAACUUGGUAUUCAAGUGGGAGUAUCUAUCGCAUGCUGAACGAAGUGGCCGCUUAAGUGACCCAACCCAAGUGAUCCGAACGCCCAUGAUCGCUGGGGGUCUUUUCAGUAUGGACCGGGCAUAUUUUAACAAACUCGGCAAAUACGAUAUGAAGAUGGACGUCUGGGGAGGAGAGAAUCUUGAAAUCUCUUUCAGAGUAUGGCAAUGUGGUGGUUCCCUAGAGAUAGUCCCAUGCUCUCGCGUGGGACAUGUCUUCAGGAAACGCCAUCCGUACACCUUCCCUGGGGGAUCUGGAGCUGUCUUUGCGAGGAACACCAGGAGAGCUGCUGAGGUGUGGAUGGAUGAUUAUAAGGAACUAUACUAUCGCUCACAACCACUUGCUAAACAAGUUGAUUUUGGAGACAUUUCCGAACGGAAAUCUCUAAGAGAAAAGUUACACUGCAAACCGUUCCGUUGGUACCUCGAACAUGUCUAUCCAGAGCUCCAGGUGCCCGCGUUCGCUGGAGGAUAUCGCACGAUACGGCAGGGGAACAGGUGCAUGGACACUAUGGGUCAUCUCGUUGAUGGCACCUUGGGUCUGUACCCCUGCCACAACUCAGGCGGGAACCAAGAGUGGUUAUACGACAACGGCCUAAUCCGACAUCACACGCUCUGUAUAUCGCUUUCUGAUGAUAGAGUGACAGCAGUUCUCGCUCCUUGCGACCAAUCUGAUGACUCCCAGCUGUGGAAGAUCAAGGGAUCAAUGAUAAGGCAUUCGAAGUUAGACGCAUGUCUGGACUCGGAUAGGCCUUCCUUAUACUUAACUAAAUGUGAUAGAAGUAAAUCCAGUCAACUCUUUAACUAUUGA